UUGAGUAGGAUGCCGAGUCUCCACCACGUCUUCCACGUAGCAAGGGAAUUCAAAUGAUAGUUGCCGGGACAUGGAAAGGUGGUGUUGUUCAGUUGAUGAUUGAACAGGCGUGCGUUCGGUGUCACACGAGAAAAACCGUUUUCUUAGCUAUCCCGCAAGCAUGAGGCGAAAAAACGUUAUCUUCUCAUUCACCAUAUCGGUGCUUAUCCUUGCAUUAAGUCACGGAAUUAAUAGAGUAUAUGCUCAAGAAGAUGAGCUCGUCGAUGAUAUAGUGGAUAUCGAGGGCGAAGAUGGAAGUGUCGUUAGCGAAGACGUAAUAGAAGAAGAAACGGUUACGUCGUCUAAAGAUGCCGACACGAUAAUUCUGUUUACUAAACCCAUUUAUAAUGCACUGUCGACCCUUGAACUACCAGCGGGUGGAGUAGUCGAGUUUCUCGUAGGCUUUGCAAACAAAGGAACAAACGAUUUUGUACUCGAAACCUUGGAUGCAUCCUUCCGUUAUCCCAUGGAUUUUAACUUCUAUAUUCAGAAUUUCUCUACCCUUGCAUUGAACAGAGUUGUUAAACCUGAUCAUGAGGCAACGUUAGAGUACCAAUUCGUACCUCCUGAAGUGUUCGCUGGACGGCCUUUUGGGCUUAAUAUAAACCUGAACUAUAGGGAUGCCAAUGGAGCAUCGUUUAGUGAAGCAGUUUAUAAUGAAACUGUACAAGUUAUAGAAUUGGAUGAGGGUCUAGAUGGAGAAACGAUAUUCCUCUAUGUAUUUCUCGCGGCAUGUGUCAUUCUGACACUUGUAGGUGGACAGCAAUUACUAUCUUCGUUAGGACGGAAAUCCCGGUCCUCGUCUACCCGCAAACCACCGGUAGAAAUAGGCACUUCCAACCCCAAUAAUGUCGAUUACGAUUGGUUACCAAAAGAGACUCUUAACAGAAUUAAUAAAUCGCCAAAAUCGCCAAAACAAAGUCCUAGACAACGGAAGUCUAAGAAAGGAAAUUCUGACAACUGAUCUACACCCGUUGUGCACAUAAACAUUUUAGAGUGAAAGUGCUGAUGAAUGAAACAAAUUAAUAAUAGGUUAGAUAGUUAAAGAAUUUUUUUUAUUAAAUGUAGUGCUUUCAGUCAUAAUGGUAUAUUUAAGUAAAUUAUAGAAUUUCAGUAAUUGACCCCUUCUUAAAUGACAAAAAGUUUGUAAUAUCAGGCAAAUUUUGUUCACAUAAAUCACUGUCAUUUGGUUGUAGUUUUAAGAUCUAUUUGUCAUAGUAUUGUGUUCAAAGUAUACUGGGCAAUAAGUUUUUUGCAGUGAAACACGUAUAAAUUUGGCGACCAGUGUCUACAACUAAAUGGAAGUUGAUAAAAAUGUAUCCUAGGAAUUGAGUAACAAAGUACUUUGAUACUAUGA